AUGACUUUGUCGACCAACGACACCAUUCGUGGUGUCCAAUUCAAUGGCACCCUUUAUGAGGUUAUUGUGACCGACAUUCCCGCUCCUGUCAUCUUGAACCAGACAGAUGCCAUUGUCCGCAUCACUGCUGCUGGCAUAUGUGGCUCCGACCUUCACUACUACCGUGGCGUCGCGGGCGGUGGUGCAACCCCGUAUACUUUUGGUCAUGAAGCCAUCGGCAUCGUGUCCGAGAUUGGCGAUGCUGUCACAGGCGUGUCGCCAGGCGACUAUGUCGUUAUCUCUGACACGAUAGGUGAUGGCCACCUCCACUUGGAUGUCGAGACGGAAGGCAAUACAUACUUCGGCGCUGGUGAAGGCGUUGACGGUCUCCAAGCCGAGUAUGCACGUGUGCCAGUCGCUGACCAAAACCUCAUCCCCGUUCCCCUGACCAGGAACACCACCAGCCGCUCCAAGGAGCAGGACUACCUCACCGUGGGGGACAUCUUUGCCACUGCCUGGUCAGGAGUCAGCUGGUCUGGUUUCGAGCCUGGUGACACUGUGGCUAUCUUCGGUGCCGGUCCCGUCGGUCUGCUGGCCGCUCACUCUGCCAAGAUCCGUGGUGCCUCACGUAUCUACAUUGUCGACCAUGUCAAGGCGCGUCUGGAGCUGGGCAAAUCCAUUGGUGCCAUCCCCAUAAACUUUAUCGAGUCCAAUCCUGUUGAACAGAUUCUCAGGCAUGAGCCCAAUGGUGUCAAGCGCUCUGUCGAUGCUGUAGGGUUCGAGGCCCUAAACGCCAUCUUCAGUACGAAGAGGUCUAAUGGCGGUGUUGGUGUUGUGGGCGUCUACGGCUCUGCGCCAGGUACCAUCUUUCCUCCUGGGGCUCCCGUGAUCUCAUCCAACUUCACCUUCCCUUUUGAUACCUUCUGGGCAAAGGGUGUCUCUCUCCGAGGUGGUGUUGUUGACCCUCGAGAGGUAGCUCCUGAGCUCGUUCGUCUCAUUGCUAGUGGCCAGGCUCGGCCCAGCUUCAUCACCUCUGCUGAGAUCACCAUCGACGAAGCACCCGAGUAUUACCGACGCUUCAACCGCACCCAAGAGACCAAAGUUUUCAUUCAUUUUGACUAA